AUUCGUCGAUGUUGUUUUAUAUACAAAUAAGAAUAAGAUCGUAAUUUUUAAUUUAAAAAUUUUCCGCUGUAUGUUACCUGUUUUGUGAAAGCUAUUUAGAAAUAAGUUUCAAAAUAGUGUAAAAAUUUGAGGUUUGUAUUGCAAUAACCGAGUCAGAGCGAUGUCCCUUGAUCUCCGAAAUGUCUGCAGAGUGUGUGUACAAUCGUCAGAAAACUUCGUUCCGUUGUUCGAUACCAGCUACGGGUUUAGCGUCCCAGAGUUGAUGCUGAGGGUCACACAUGUUGAGGUCCUCAGCGAUGAUCCAUAUCCACAAAUGAUAUGUGAAAGAUGCAUCAAACAGUUCGAAAUCAUGAAUAUUUUGAUAGAAAAUUGUCAAACUGCUGAUAGAUACUUCAAAAGUACAAUCCGACAAUUUGAUGUAAAACAUUUUGAUAUCCCCGUUGUGACCACAGAGUGCCCUCCAGAAGUCACCAAUGGAUCUGCUGAGGCAAAUUGUGAUGCAUCACAACAAAAACUAAACGUAGCAAAUGAACACCCUCCGACCGAAGAUGUAUUUAGCACAAGAUUAGAUUCCAACGUGGAAGACUUGGUUCAAGUAGAUCCAAUCGGCGCGGUUGAUAUUAAUCGUGAACCAAACUACACUCAAUGUUGUGGUUGCGUUGAACAUUUUGAGAACUUCGAUACGCUUCAAAAACAUUCCCAGAUGACUCAUUUGAAUGAGAAAGGUAUUUGUGGUCCUGUGGCAGUAAAUUUGAUAGAAUGUAGCAUCUGCUUCAAAAUGUUUUCGGGAAUUUCCUAUUUGGACUCCAUGCAUCGCCUGAAUGCUUUUAAGCAUCGCUUGGUUUCCGUUGGCGUACCCUCAGUCAUGCAAUGUUGUUCGUGUGAAGUAGUUGUCUCGAAUCACGACCAAAUGCUCGAACAUGCAAGACAACACGAAAUAAACAAGACGCAAGAUGAUGGAUCUCAACCAUACGAAUGCCGGUAUUGUUUUAAACGUUACAACAAGCGUCAAACGUUAAGCUUCCAUCAAAAGUUUAGCUCGAGCUAUAAAAAACACUUGAUCGCAAAACAAAGAGGCUGCAGGGCUAUCAAAAAGCGAACCGACAUUGAAUCUACCAAUGAGAGUCGCAUUUGUUGUGGCUGUUCAGCAGAAUUUCCUUCGGUAGACUCGCUGACUCAACAUUCUCAAAUGCACCACGAACUAUAUAAACGAGAACCGGAUACUGAAAACCCUUUCGAGUGUGAAAUUUGCUUCAAACAGUUUCCAACAUUAAUACGUUUAGAACAGCAUCGCUUGGUUCCGUACAUGCGAUCUCACAAAUGCACGGUUUGUAAUAAAUCAUUUCCUAACCAGACCCUGCACAAAAAGCAUAUGGAAAUGCAUAAAAAACAGGAUAUAGCAGGUCCUUCGCAGGAUAAUAGACAGUCACAGCAAUCUUACUCUUGUGAGGAGUGUGGAAAACUAUUCAAUAGUAAGUAUGUUCUACAAUCGCAUUUAAAAUCGAAGCAUUCAGAAAUCAAACCCUAUGGAUGCAGCUUGUGCCCACGUCGGUUCAAAGGCAAACAAAUGCUUCAAACUCAUUUACGAGUGCACACAAAGGAAGAACCAUAUACGUGUGCUUUUUGCCCGAAAACCUUCAUUCAGCUAACAGAUAAAAAGCGCCACGAAGUCAAUACUCACAGCAAACAGUACCCGUUGCGUUGUUCGGUGUGCGACAAAGGUUUCCCCACUGGGCGUCGAAAGGAGCUGGAAAAACACGAACGACUUCACCAGAACGGCGAGGAAUACCCAUUGACUUGUCAGUUUUGUGAUCGCACGUUCACCCGGAUAGCACAACGGAAUCGACACCAAGCGAGGCACGUGGCCGAGAGAGAUCGGAAUAUGAAACAAAAGCUAGAGGAGAUUGGAUUGGUAUACUUUGCCGUUCACAAUCUUCCGGCUGGAGGUGAACUGGAAAGGCCGGGAAUUUGUUUGGAAGAAAAAAUCCCAAUGAACCCCUUCACCGUGCACAUGUCCAAAGGAGUCACAGGGUCCAGUUACGGUGGCAACGCACAGGAUCCAGUUCCGGUGGUUUGUUCCAGUGUCACGCGAAAGAUUGUUCCGGAUUUUCCCUAUGUAUUGAUGUGUAAUGUUAACAUUCAAUCAGCAUCAUCCGGUUCUCGGCACUGGCUUGUUUCGAAGGCCAAAAAUAAUUACCUGCAGCUGGAGAGCAACAUAGUCGAUGGAAUGGCACAGGAAUCCAAAGACAGGAGCCGAAUCAUCAACUACAAGCUACUUCCUCUUGCGUCACGUUCACCGAUGAUGGCUUCACCUCCUGUACCAGCUACUGGUGCCAACAAUCAUCCGGCCCAAAUAAAUUUGAAAGCACCUAAAAAGAACGUCCUCCAGUCAGCCAAUCCGUUUGAAGGCUUCCAUUUGUCUAGGCCCAACAGCAACCUUCAGUUUAACAUUAACGUAGGUGAAAGAAUGGACAUCUGCAGGGCUUGCAUGGAAGAUGACGGGGUAACAUAUAGCCAGUUAUUCACAGCACCUGAAGAUAGUAACUGUGAAAAACUGUGCCCAGCUGAAAUGAUGGCCGAUUGUACCGGAAUCACGAUACGAAAAUCCGACGGACUUCCAGAAGUGAUUUGCGGGGAUUGCUUCAAUGCGAUAAAGAUCGCCUACACCAUUCGAUCAAAAUGCAGGAACUCGGAUCGCAAGCUGAGAAAAAUACUAAACAUUAUCAGUAAAGCCGACGGUGGCUUGGAAUCUGCGGAACUAGAAAACAAUGUCAUGAAUGUUGCGAUCACAGACAUAAACUACGAGAGUUCUUAUCAACAGGAAAUUGUACCGGAAAAUUCUGCGGUUGAAAAUGUUUCGUCUAAAAACACCGAAUUAUUUCAGAAUGAUCUGAUUUUGAAAACGGAGACAUUUGUUGGAUCAGUUGAGAGUAGCCAUGAGUGUGUGGAAAGGGAAUCUGUAAGCCCCAUAUUUAUGAAACUCGAAAUACUACCAGAAGAAAAAAAUUGUAUCAAGGAACAAUAUAUUGUGGAACAGUUUGAUGAAAUAGAUAAUGAAACCCAGUUUCAACAAAGUGUUGAUCGGGAUGACCAAAUGUCAUUGAAAUCAAUCAACGAAGCUGAUACUGAGACAGGAGAAGAAAACUUUGAAAAGCAAACGAUACCAGAUGAAAACGAAUCGGUUCUGAUGCAAAUAGAAAUGCUAGAAGAUGAUGAAACAGAAGAAGAAGAAGAUCAUUACGAAGAUUAUGAGGCAAUAGAAGAAGAGCUAGCAGUUGAAACCAUCAGUAAUUUACAGUCGUGUGGUACAGUUUGUUGCUGUGGGUGUCCUUUGGAGUUUGCAAAUGAAGAGCAACUAGUUGAUCAUGCUCAAUUGAUUCAUUUACAGGAUAAAAAACCAGAGCUUUUAGAAAAUAGUGUAUUUUGCGAAAUUUGUUUUAAGAUAUUUGGGUCGUUGAACGCACUAAAAAUGCAUAAAACUCAUCGUUUUAACAAAAUCUCAAGAACCUGUAAAUGUUGUACUCUGGUUUUAAGCAGUAUACAAAAACGGAAACAGCACGAAAAAAUGCAUGAAUUCAUACCAGAAACUUUUGAAAUUAAAUGCUGCGGAUGUAAUGAAAUGAUUACUCUCGAAGAACUAGGAAAUCACAUUGAUGAGGCUCACAAGAGAAAUGAUCAAUUUAGUACAAAAUUCAUAUGUCCCUUUUGUUAUGAAGGGUUCGAAGAGAAGAAAAAUCUGGAAAAUCAUUUAUAUUGGCAAGAGAUUACUAAACUUUUCAAAAUGUCUAAUAAACAAGAAAUGCCUGUUGUAAAACUAACAUCAGAUGUCGACGGAAAGGAAAGAUUUGUUUGCGAUUUAUGCGGGAAGGACUUCUCCACCAAGGGGAAUCUUAAAUCACAUCGGAAUCUGCACGAUUCUGCUCAAAGGCAAUUCAAAUGUGAACACUGUGAGAAAGAUUUCACUAAAAAAAGCAACUUAAACGUCCACAUCCUCCGAGCCCAUACGGUGGAAAGUAUGUUUCCGUGUGCAGUUUGCAACAAAAGUUUUAAAUAUUCAUCCAAUCUGAAAAUCCACAUGCGUGUUCACACCAAAGAACGGCCCUACUCUUGUGAACAUUGUUCCAAAACUUUUAUUCACUUGUCUGACAAACGAAGACAUGAAAUAUUGCACUCUGGGGAUUAUCCUUUCAAGUGUCAAAACUGUGGAAAACCGUUUGCUAGGAAAACGUUAUUUGAUCGUCAUUCGACUGGAUGUGGCAAACGAGGGAGAAGAUCUGAAUCCGGAAAUGUUAGAAGUGAAAAACAUAGGCUACAGCCGGCUGAACUGACCAAAGUGAGGUGUGAUCUUUGCAACAGCUGGUUUACAUCUGUGCAAAAUCUGGCUGAUCACCGUGCAGAUAUGCACAUUCAAUCGCUGGAUGAAGGUUUGUAUGAUACUGAAAUCGAAGUGGAAUAGUGAGUUUAAAAACAAUAAAUUUUUAACUAUAA